CUUUUGUCACUCAGGGGAUUUAACAGACUCGUUAUCAACACAGAAGCUGCAGGCACGGAAUUGUCGGUCACUUCUCUCCGACACGCCUCAGUAGGUCCAUUGUUUGAGUCCAUUGUACAGAUAACUUGUGAAAGGUCACAUGCAUUCUAUAAUAGACGCCAGGUAAUUCAUUAAACUCCCGGGGAAUGUGAGCAGUUCUUCCUUCAACUGGUUGUCUGACGGGCGAUUAGUGUGGGGAUCACCUCCAAGAAGACGGCAGCGCUUCACGACAGCACACUAUUGGACUAUAAAUAUAAUGUCUACUAUCAGCUUCAGGAAUGAGGUCCGGUUUUCCGACACUGAAAUGGAUGCUGUUACACUGGACAUAGCUCAGCCCUUCACUGACCGGUCGUCCUCACUGUCGUCAAGGAGGACAUCUUGUGAAGGCACAAUACCCCGCAGUAUCCUCAAAACUAGGAAAAAUGUGGAGCAUUGGCUCGAGGAUGGGUCAAGUACGAACAGCGAUGACGUUUUUGAAGGCUUCUCCAAGUCGUUCCUGCCGGGCCUGCAUGAGUGGACGAACUGGAGAACCCAGAUGAAUGACACAAUGGUUGACCUGAUAGAGAAGCGCCACCGCAUCUUCAGCUACCCCGGCUCGGUGCGUCAUCUACAGAAGCAUCAGACUGUCAUGAAGAAUCUAGUAGAACCGGAUUUCGUCAUCACCAAAGAGGCGUCGGACUUUGCUCUCCAGCGUGCAGUACAUGAUUAUGUCACCGGUAAUUAUGGGUUUCAUCUGCAAGCAUCCACGUUCAUAAGUUUCGGCUUGCCGCGGGUCCGACUGCGGCCUAACUCAACAUACCUUGCAGACGAUAGACAUUCCGAGAGCACCUCUGACACAGGAAGUAGCAACGGCACCAUUACCGGAAGUGAUCAUGCUAAAACUACUUUUGACAAUUCAGGCCAAACAAAACCUACUUUAGACGAUAUUUCUGGGUCUGAUUCUGCACGUGCUAGCAUGACUAGUUCACCUGAAAUGGGCGAUGCCAGCCCAGACGACGUUCCACAACUACCCACGGACAAGACAGUGGUGAUUGUAGCGUCAACAGAGUCGCAACUGCCGGUGAGUGAGUGCAGCGGUUCUGACAUGGCACUAACUGGGAGACCGAGAGACACGGAGUCACUGUGUGCUAUUCUGGAUCUCAGGGAAGAUUCGGACGAUGGCUUCUGAAGCUGAUCAGUACUUACGUCAAACUAGGGCCUGCUGUAUCACGUGCUAAAUCCAUGUCCCAGUCAGUGUCUAUUGUACAUGUAUAUAUUGUAUUGUAAAUAAAUAACUGUUCGCCUGUGACAUUGCCGCGCCAUGCAAACCUUAUUCUCUUACAACGUUUUAACAUGUUCUAUUAAAGUUAUACGAACAUAAAAUUGUGUGCCUCGCUUUACUGUCUGAAAUGUACUGGCGCAAUUUCACGUAUG